UGCAAUGAAUUUUUACUUGGUAAUGAAUAUUUACUUAGUCCACAGAGCUGGUGCCCAGGUAAACAGUGCAUCUCAUAGGCAGAGCCUUCCUGGCCACCCCUCAGGCAAUGCCUGGUGGAUAUAAGCGGCACCUGACAGUGAGGGACAGACACACUCUGUGAGACACCAGCCUGCAACACCAGUGCUCACUGCCUUCCUCCAUGAAGCUCAGUGCCACCGUCGCCCUGCUCAUGCUGGCGUGCACCUGCAGCUCUGGCUCUGAGGAGACGUGCCCAUCAUUCCACCAAGUUCUCCAUAACUUCCUGGUGGGCACACUGUCCAGCUACCAGAGCAUGGUGGAACCCUUCAAGCCAGACGCGGACAUGCAGGAAGCAGGCACUGUCAUGAAGAACCUGGUGGACAGCCUGCCCCAGAGCACCCGGGAGAAGGUGCUGAAGCUCUCGGAAAAAAUAGUAACAACCAAAGUGUGUGCUUAGAAUUCAGCAACCCAAAGCUGCUGGACUCGAAGCUGAAGAUGCCACCCACCCCCUGCCUCUGCCCCCUUGGCGUUUCAAUAAACCUUGAGCAUCUCACUUA